UGCUCGGCGUGCCAUACAUUCCAGAUAAAUGCAUUUCAAAAAUUGAAGCUAGGCUAACACAAUGGCUGUCCGAGAAGUUCUCCCUGAAGAGUAUGAUGACCUUGAUCAGAAGCUAGAGAAAGAAAUGCCUUUGUCCAUUUGCGGACUGGUCCAUUUUCGGUUGAUGAGGAGGAAGCACCUGUUGACAGAGAAGAUGGUGUUGGUGGACAGUUGGCCGGACUUUUCUGUUCUUGUUAUUUUGGAUAGACAGAUGAGAGAGACUUGGUUGUUUUCUGUGUGUUUCUGCAAAGGACCUGAAUUUGCUUCACACCUGGAUACUGUGUUUCAGUUCGCCUCCAGAGAGACAUCCCUACCUCUCUCUAUCGUUGGGUGUACCUCUGACGACAUGGACGCCCUCAUCCAUUUACACCAAUCAGCAAAAAGCUGCCCUUACCGACGAGACUACGCCGAUGCCAUAAUUUAUACACUGCCUGCUGAAAAUAUUGUUCCUAUAACAAUUCCAGACGGAUUCAAAAUAUCUGAACUAAAUGGACGUCAUACGGAGAUUGUACACAAAUCAUGGCCUUUUAUAAAUUCGCCAGAAAAGUGGACCAAUUACCAAAUCACUCAUUUCCCAUCAGUAUCAAUUGAAACCGAGGACGGACGCCCCGUGGCCUGGGAAGUUCAGCAUGAAUAUGGCGCCGUAGGAGCGUUACAUGUAGAACCGGAAUACCGGAGAAGUAAAUUCGGAAGUGUCGUCACAAGAACCCUGGCGGAAAAAAUGACCAAGGACGGACAACUCGUGUUUGCUCUUGUUAGGGAAAAUAACGACAGGUCGAUUGCAUUUCAUGAAAGUAAUGGUUAUGUACGAAUGCCUUUUAAAUUUUCGAUCAUGAGCUUUUUUGGAGAGGCAAAGGAAUAAAAGAGUGUGUAAAGCUUUACUAUCGUUGAAUAUAAAAAGUUAAUAAGUUUUCUUAUACGAGAUUUUGAAAGCACAAAAUGGUCAUUUUGCCGAUUCAUUAAUUACAUAAAUAAACUUUGAAAUAAGCUAUAUAUAGCUUGUUAGGGGUUUCCUUCAAAAUUUAUGCUAUAUUUAUGUCAGCAUUCUAUCUAACGCUUUGAAUUUCUUCCAUAUAACUGAUAAAAAGAAUGUCAGUAAUGUGCACGUGCUGAUGAUGUGGCAUAGUACCUUAAUUAACAUUUAGAUGAAUAGUGUGUAAAUGUUACAUAAACGUACGUUUGAAUAUGCUAUUAGUAACUUGCGCAAGAUAACCACAUAUAAUCUUACUGUUAACAUAGCAUUACAAAUUUUUGUGUAGUGGCGUGAAAUUCUGAACAGGAAUGAAUAAUAUUAAGUCCACAAGAAUAAAGUAGUCUUGUAAAUAUUCAUCCACAAUCAGAAUACGUUUUAUAGCAUUACAUAGAUAAACAUGUUCAUAUCGCGAAAAAUAUAAUCCCGUCUUGUUUUCAUCUGGAGUACCUAUGAUUGAUCACAUGUGGUAAUGUCCACUUUUAGUUUCAUGUCUACAUCAGUUCACACAGAAAUUGUGUUUUGAAAAGACUUCAUCUUAAAUAUGUGAUAUAAAUUGCAGUCGGUCCUCCAUCUUACGAGCACGUGUGAUAAAUGCUGGAACAAUACCCAGAGACAAUGCAAGUUCCAACCAUACGUUGAUAUUAUCUGACUUGUAGAGUCUGACGUUUAUACUAUAACCGACAUUUCUAUGAAGCUUUUUCUUUCAGUUUGUUUCCAUCAAUGUAACGUGAGAGAAUUGUCUUAGGCAUGCACAAUUCCAAGAAAAAGAAAUUUGGGAUUACGCUAUGAAAUAAUCAAAAUAUCUGAAUUUCUAACCAUUUCGGUUGAAUCUUGGCUGUAGAUAAUUUAAAUGCAUGACCUACACAGGAAAAUCGAAACUUAAUAUUCUCUCUCCUCAGGAUACGAGUAUAGCUUUCCUUAGAAUAGUUUUUGUAUGGAUC